GUGGGAGGAUCCCCGCGGGCUCCCACGUUGUGUGGGGCGGAUGUUCUGCUCCCUGCAGGCAGGACGCGGUGCUGGUCGGGGUGAGGCUGCGGGUGGCGGCUCCUGACGCAGACACAGCUGACGGGAUGUGACACAAAGGGAGGUGCGAGCCGGGGAUACCGGAGGCGGUGUUCAUUCUCCCCUUUUCCCGGUGCGGCAGCGCUGUGGAUUGUCACACAGCCGUGGCACCGCACGCCGAGCGGGGUUCUGCCUGCUGCGAGCCGCCCGCCGAUCGGUGCGACCGGCAGCACCGGCGCCGCCCCGCGCUCUGAUCGGUCAGCGACACCCGCGGGGCGGUACCGGGGGAGCCACGCCCCUCCCGGGACUCCAGCGACUCCGGUACCGCCGCCGCCGCCCCCCGAGCCCCGGCAUGGCGCGGCCCGCCGUGCCCAGCUCGCAGAAGGCGCUGCUGCUGGAGCUGAAGGGGCUGCAGGAGGAGCCCGUGGAAGGGUUCCGCGUGGGGCUGGUGGACGAAGGGGACCUGUACACGUGGGACGUGGCCAUCUUCGGGCCCCCGGACACGCACUACGAGGGCGGCUACUUCAAGGCUCGUCUCCGCUUUCCCAUCGACUACCCCUACUCUCCUCCUGCCUUCAGGUUCCUCACCAAAAUGUGGCACCCCAAUAUCUACGAGACAGGUGAUGUCUGCAUCUCCAUCCUGCACCCGCCUGUGGAUGACCCUCAGAGCGGGGAGCUGCCGUCGGAGCGCUGGAACCCCACCCAGAACGUGCGAACCAUUCUGCUGAGUGUGAUCUCGCUGCUGAAUGAGCCCAACACGUUUUCCCCGGCCAACGUGGACGCCUCCGUGAUGUACCGCAAGUGGAAGGAGAGCAAAGGGAAGGACCGGGAGUACACAGACAUCAUCAGGAAACAAGUGCUGGGCACCAAGGUGGACGCUGAGCGGGACGGAGUGAAGGUCCCCACCACGCUGGCUGAGUACUGUGUGAAGACCAAGACUCCAGCCCCAGAUGAGGGCUCAGACCUCUUUUAUGAUGACUAUUAUGAGGAUGAUGAGAUGGAGGAGGAAGCAGAGAGCUGUUACGGUGAUGAGGAUGACUCCGGCAACGAGGAAUCUUGAUGGCCCUCUGGCAUUGCAAAACUUCCUAUAAACUACUGAAUUUUACCUCAACUAGAACAAACUGGUUUGAAUUUAGGAUCUGUCAGCCCUGAAAUUAACUCUCUACCUCGCAGGGAGACUGUUCUGCUGUUGCAAAGGAAAUCCCAUCGCUGUCUUUGUAGGAAAAGAUAAACCCCCUAUUUUAUAAACUUCCUGGGGGAUGGGUGGAGAGGGGGCAUUCACAAAGCCACAGAAACUGAGGUGUUGGUGGCUCUGCCUGGCUGAGGAAUGACAACCAGCCUGAUGUUGGCUGCCCCUCAUUUGAGUAUGUUCAGCUUCUCUUCAGCCUCACAGGGUAGAAGCAGUUUGGGGCGCUUGUGGGGGUAGUGAGUGGUUGCUUUAGUGGGGGGCAGCAUGUGAGUGCUGUCUUGGCUUUCAAGACCUUUUAGGGUUCACCCUGCAGCCAUCUGGGUUGUCCCCACAUGGUCCUUUUGCCUUCUCUGCCCAUGAUGCUGGAGCUGUGUUCACAGGGAGAGGGGCACCAGGGAGGACUUGUCCAGCAGCCACCAGCACUGGGCAUGUGGGGAUAGUGUGUUUGUGGUUUUUAACUAGCUGGGAGGGAUGGGGUUAUGCUGAGUAUUUCUGCUUCUGGUUUUUUUUUGGACACUAUUUAAUAAAGUUCUUCCAGGGAUGGGUUGUGAUGCA